CUCACCACAUCAUGACUGCAUCUGCACUCCUGUUUCUGGCGGCCCUUGUUGGAUCCUGCGCUCAGUUUACCGAUGCUGUCAGCUUUAAUGUACGGAAAAAUGAACUAUCAACAGAGGAGACAGAAAGUUACAUGUCAAUACUCUGCUCACCAACACCUGCCCCCUCAUCCCCAUCUUCAUCAGUUCAUACUCUCAGACCUGAUGAUAUCUCAGCUGUUUAUUUUUUGGGAAUUCCUCUCUCACAGAGGAAUGAAGCAUCCAGAGUGGUCAAUAGAGUAGCUGAGUUGCUGUCCAUGUUCAACCCUGACGUGAUCAGUCAACAUGUGGAUCAGCCGUCGUUGCAGCCCAGAAGCUUGUUGGAAGAAGCUGAGGCCUUGUCUCUCUCCCUUGCACAUCAGGUGACAGACUGGAAGUUUGUGCUGCUGUUUGUCUCAGCAGAUUCAUUUUGUGCCUGCUCACCACAUGUUGCUGCAGAUGUUAAAGCUGUUGUGCAGGAAGUGGAAGCAACUCUACAGUUGUUGCAGAAUAAGUUGCAUCAGACUUUGGUUCACGUUGUAGUGUGGAGUACAAAUCAUCAGCAGGACAAGUGUGAGUGUAUGAGAGAUGAAAGCAUAAACUGGAGACUACAGCAAGCAACUCUUCUGAAAACACUGCAGGACUCGCUAAGUGAGGUCCUGGAAAAUCCAAAGUGGCGCAGUAAAAAGGCAGACUUCACUGCUCUGCUGCAGUCUGCACCACUUAUCCUUGAAGGCAUCGCUGAUUCUGAGAACACAGGGUCUGACCUUAACGAAUUAGCAGUUCAGCUUUGGACAAACCUGCUUCAGCCAUCGACGGGCCACGCAGAGGUCAUGGACACCAGUGUCAUUGCUAUUCCUUGCCCUACCCAGGAACGCCCUUUCCUACGGACGCAGAAAAAUUCUCCCACUGAAACGGAGGGCAAAGUUUACAGCAAAACCUCGACACUAAUGGAUCCUGUUAUGGGCACUGACAUACCUUGCACAGACCGCAGUCCAUCUCUCACUACACCCACUUCAGUUCAUAAACUCAGACCUGGAGAUAUCAAGGUGGUGGCAGCUUUGGGCGACUCUCUGACAGCAGCCAAUGGUGUGGGCGCAAAGAAAGACAACCUUCUGUUAGUGAUUAAUGAGUACAGAGGACUGUCAUGGAGCAUUGGCGGUGAUGAAAACAUUACUACUGUUACCACUCUGCCAAACAUCCUGAAGGAGUUUAACUCCAACGUCACCGGUUUCUCAGAGGGGGUCGGUAACCAGAACACUCCUAAAGCUUUCCUCAAUCAGGCUGUGGCAGGAGCCAAGACUGGUGACAUGGUACGACAGGUGCGCGUCCUAGUAGACAAAAUGAAAAGUGAUCCGCGCAUUGAUUUCCAUAACGACUGGAAAGUGAUAACCAUGUUCAUCGGGGGCAAUGAUAUAUGUGACUUCUGCACAGACAGCGUUUAUUUCUCACCCAGGAAUGUGGUCGAUCGUAUCCGCCAAGCUCUGGACAUACUCCACAGUGAGGUGCCUCGUGCCAUUGUCAAUCUGAUAGAGCUGUUAAACAUUGUACCCCUGCGUGAUCUGCACAAAGAUAGCAGUCUGGGCUGUCCCACCUGGUUUGUAAGUUUAGUUUGCCCCUGCAUACUGAAGCCUAAAGAGGGGUCCGCUGAACUCCAAAGGGUCAAUGACUUCAAUAGAGCCUAUCAGCAUAAUAUGAGAAAGUUGAUUGACUCUGGGCGGUACGACACACACCACAACUUCACUGUGGUGCUGCAGCCCUUCCUCAGAGAGGUUUUCCUUCCCAAGUUGGAGGACGGCCGACCUGAUCGCUCAUAUUUUUCACCCGACUGUUUUCAUCUUAGCCAGAAAGCUCACACUCUCAUGGCUCAGGCUCUUUGGAACAACAUGUUAGAGCCAGUGGGCAACAAGACUUUUACUCAAGACUUCUCUGUUGGCAUUGAUCUGAAGUGCCCCACUGAGGCCAACCCAUAUUUUAGGACUGCUCACAACAGCAACUAUACCUUCCCAGGCCCUCCACCCACUCCUCCUCCUGUUACAAACUGGGGCAGUGACUUUUCCUGUCUUAACACAGCUCCAUCCAACUCCGUGCCCACUUCAGCUCACAGGUUACGACCAGCAGACAUCAAAGUGAUAGCUGCUGUUGGAGAUUCUUUAACGGCCGGCUUUGGUGCAAAGGCAAAUAAUCUCCUGCAGCUAAGAACAGAGUACAGAGGAGUGGCAUGGAGCAUUGGAGGAGACAAAAAUCUUGAGACUGUCACAACACUACCUAAUAUCCUUAAGAAGUUCAAUCCUAAAAUCAAAGGAUGGUCAAAGGGACAAGGGAAACGGCAGACUGGCUUCAACAUGGCUGUAUCAGGAGCUAAAAUAUCAGGAAUCCCAGGGCAGGUGCGACGCCUGAUUGAUACCAUGAAGAAUGACUCUAAAGUGGAUUUUGAGAAUGACUGGAAGCUGGUGACGAUCUUCAUCGGUGGCAACGACUUGUGUCAGUACUGCAAUGACCGGGCCUCUUUGUCACCUCAGAACUACAGCCAUCACAUGAUGACAAGCUUGGAUAUGCUAUACAAGGAGCUUCCCAGGACGAUUGUCAACGUCAUGGAGAUCCUCGAAAUCGAAGGCCUUCGCAGGAUAAAAAGGGAUAGCCUCGGGUGCAAUGUGUUACAAAAGUAUGUCUGCCCGUGCUUCCUGCUACCAUCAGAGGAUUCCCCAGAGCUGGCUGAAGUGAAACGGAUCAAUCGGGAACAUCAGACUGGGACAGAAAAAUUGGUGUACGGAGGCCGCUAUGACGGAAGAGAGGACUUUGCUGUGGUCACACAGCCCUUUUUUCAGAACACCAUUGUUCCUUUGAAUGUUGACGGCAAACCGGAUGACACCUACUUCUCUGAGGACUGUUUCCACUUCAGUGAGCGGGGACAUGCUGAAAUGGCUGCAGCUCUUUGGAAUAACAUGUUGGAGCCAGUGGGUAAAAAACAGACAUACAACUAUUUCUCAAAUUCCAGAGACAGAAUCAAGUGCCCCACUGAGGAACAUCCCUACAUCUUCACAAAUGUGAACAGCUUUCCCACUUCGACAACCACCAAAGCACCCACAACUCACAGCCCCUCACAACCUCUCAGCUCCACAGCACCCACAACUCACAGCACCGCUUCGACUCACAGCUCCACAGCACCCCCAGUUAGCAUCACUACCCUGCCUCUCACCCCUGAUUGCACGAACGAUGUGCCAAUAUGGCUCGCUGCUUUGCUGGCUGUGAUAGGUCUCCUGAUUGGCUGGGCUGUCACCUGGCUCCUCCUCUCCUGCAGAGCCAAGAGGAACAAGCAGAUGAUGACGGCUGCAGUGGAGAUGAAGGGCAGUGUGUUUUAAAGUGCUACUUACUGUAUUUUUGCUUCAAAAGCAUGUUGCAAAACGUAAAUUGAUUGCGGUGAUAAUAAGGCCGUUUUUCCACAGAAAGUCAUGAUAAGAUAGCCCUGUCUGCCUUUGACAAGAGAGGUUAAGUAUUGUCCUUGAACCACAGAAAAUAUCACACCAGUCUCCACUGAAGGAAUGCAAU